UGCCGGCAAGGAGAGGCGGAAAUGAACGCGUUUGUUUGAGAGAUCUUGUUAUACGGAGGCGUCGGGAAGUAACUGCUCCUGAUUUUAGAUUUUCGAGUACGGCAGAGGCAAGAACAAUCUGGGACCUUGUGUUGAAGCUGGCUUCUUGGACAACACAUCUUUUAUUUAUUUUAUUUUAAUGUCAUGCGGUAAGGAGCAGGGCCUGGAACGUGAGCCGGCCAUUUUGGUUGAGGGCAUUGCCGAGCAUGAGAAAAAGGAUGCUGUCCUAAACGCAUGCGCAAAAACUUCACCUGUCAAGGGGGACUACUAAACAGACCCAGCAGUUUUUCUUUGCCGGAAGAGAGUUUGGUCUCGGGAGAAAUUGGUUCUUUGCUUUCAGUCUGUCUUGAGAUAUGAUGGCAAAGAAGUGGACCAAUGGACAUUCUUCUUCAGUACUAAGCCUAAAUGUGAGCAAAGACGGUCUAUUGGCUUCAGGAGCAGAAGGAGGGGAGCUCACAAUUUGGAAUGCUGAAGGAAAUCCAUUGGAAUGUGUACGGCUUCAAAAAGCAGAUGAUGUCACUAGCGUUAUAUUUUCUCCCACUUGUUCUAGAAGACUCUAUGCUUCUCAUGGGGAAAGUAUUAGCGUGCUGGAUACCAGGUGUCUCAAGGAGCCAGUUGAAUGUUUCCAUGUAAAUGAGGAAGAGAUCAAUUGUCUUUCAGUAAAUGAAACAGACAGCUUCUUGGCUGCUGCAGAUGAUUCUGGAGCCAUAAAGAUAAUUGACUUACAAAGCAAGAAGUUGAGUCGCUGCCUGCAACGACAUUCAAAUAUUUGUGCAUCUACUGCAUUUCGACCCCAGAGGCCACAAAGCCUUCUUUCAUGUGGCCUGGAUAUGAAGAUUAUAAUGUGGAACUUGCAAAAAACUCGCCCACAAUGGAUUAUGAACUUGCAAGAAGAAGAAGCAGUUGAGCAAGGGAUUGGCCAACUCUUUAACCCACCAUUGAUUCAUUCAUUGUCUGUUUCUACUUGUGGCAAUGUCUUUGGCUGUGGAGCUGAAGAUGGUAACAUCAGAAUCUUUCGAGUAACAGGUCCCAAGUUUGAACAGGAAAUAGCGUUUAAAGGUCACUCAUUAGGAGUGUCACAGAUUUUCUUUCUGCCAGAAAUGUAUUGCUUUAUUACAGGGGGAAAUGAUGGCAGAAUAUUGUUGUGGGAUGUUAGCAAUGAAAUUGGAAAAUUGAAAAGUCCAAACAAGGCAAUUCACAAAAAGAAAAAUGCCAUCAAGAAAGUUGACAAAAUGAACCCAGAGCAGACAAAUGAAUGCCUACCCAUUUCACCCAAAUUGACCAUUGAACAUGGAGAGAAAGUGAACUGGAUUUCAUAUGUGUCAAUUAACGGUUCUAAGAGAAUAUUGGUUGCUGACCAAAGUAGCGAUAUAUCCAUGUAUCCUAUUUCUUGAACUCUUUGUAUCUUUAAGUAGGCAAUCAAUCUCUGGUACAGUAUUUUGGAUCUACUAAUUUUCUGGUGGAUUAUUCCUACUACCUCCCAUAAAUAAGCCAAUUCUGUGUACUAUUAAAAAUUAUUUUGGUAGUUCAUAUAUAGUACCACUUUUGGAAUAACUAAUUGAUGUGAUCUUACUGGUAAGCUUGCAAUAAAAAUGUA